AUGGCGGGUCAUCUGGAGACGGCCGCCAAGCCUGCUGUCAUUUCGGAUCAUACCCGCACGCAGCAGGCCCAUUCCAAUGUUCGCCAGCUCGAGAAGCAGAUGCAACAGACUCUCAGUAAGGUGGUGCGUUUGCGUGAACAGCUUGUCGAUGCGGAAGCCACGCUGCGCACGGUGCGAGACCAAGUCAACCUGGCGGGUGCUGGCUACAAGGCCUCGCUCGCUGCGUUGCAGGGCUCACACAAAUCUGAGGAGGAGCCUCAGGCCACGGUGGGUUCGUUCAAGCUUGAGGACCUGGUUGCGGACACUGUCGAUCUCUCAAAGUUCAUUGACUGCAGUCACAUCCUGGAGGAUCUCUCGAUUGAGGCUGAGGUUGAGGCGUGUGACUUGGAGCAGUUCCAGAAGCGCAAGGAGGAGCUGUCUUCAGGAGUCACGAAGCUGGCGAGGGAUCUGUUUGCGCAG